AUGUUGUCUGACGAGGCCUUGGAGCACGCAGCAGCGCGCGAGCUGAAGGAGGAGACUGGGCUGGACCCGGGGUCGGUGCCGCUGGUGCAGGUCGGUGCGUUUGGGGACCCGGGGCGCGACCCGCGCGGCUGGACGGUCACGGUCUGCUAUGCCGCGCUGGUGCCGCCGCAGGCGCGGUCGGGCAUCCAGGCGGCGGACGACGCAGCGGACGCGAAGCUGUUCCCUGUGGGCGACCUGCCGGGGCUGGCCUUCGACCACAAGCAGGUCGUCAGGGCGGCCCUGAGGCGGCUGGCAGACCUGCCAGAGGUCAAAGAUGACGGCGGCAUGGCGCGGGAGCUGCUGAUGGCGGCAGAGCGCCUGGAGGGCCCAUGGACGCCACCCAGAGAGUAG